GUCUUCCUGAAUCUCUAGUCUGCGACGAGAAAUCACACUAUUCGGAAAAAAUCGAACGAAAGAAUGGAACGCCUCGGCAUCUUCUUUUUCGGUCUCUUCUCCCUCGCGAUUUUGGCGGAAUCGACAAUCGUCGGCUCGUCAACGACGACUGAAGCUUCGACGAAGAGAAACGUCAUCGAGAAACCUCACGCGGAUCUACCGAAGCCAAAGGACGCGAAGAGCGAUCCCGAGUGUUCUUUGGUGAAGCAGAGCCACGGGAAAGCUGUCAGCUUGAAGGAGCAUACAAAAAGGGAGGAUCACAAUGCACCACUAGGAUCUCGUGAUUUAAUAUCGCCUCGUUUGACUCGCCAGGCCGAAGAGAGCGACGAGGAUGGGUCUUCUAAUCCCUCAUCGGAGGAAAACCUGAGUGUAGAGUCCGACAGCGAGAGUGAGAAUAUUGGUUCGUCGCAGGAGACCGCGGAUCCCGAGGGUGAUCUUGGCGUAGCGGAAGAUAGAUAUCGAUACCAAUAUCCUUAUUGGUAUCGGAGACAGUUUGCAAAUCAAAGGAACCGGGCGGACGAUAGGAGAGAGCCUUAUCGUAACUACUUGACAUAUCCUGUAUUUCCAGGAAAAUAAAUUUCAGAAGGAUUUGAUUUGCUUUCUUCUUUAUUUCUUCAUCUUCAAAGAGGAAUUGGAUUUGCAUGUUCAAUUUUAUGCUGGACAAUGUUUUAAGAAAUGGGGUAAUAAAGAAGGAAUUUCUUUUAGAAUAUAUUAUUGUGUCACGAUAGAUGUAAGCAGAUAAUUUUCUACUGUCAUUAGCACUUCAAUUAGAAUGUUCAUUGAUGAUGAUUAAAAAGAUGGUCUCUGAAGCAA